AAUAAAUACUAUGUUAAUGUUCAUUAUGUAAAUGAAUUACUCAGUUAAUCAAGUAAUAAUGUGGCAUCUAGUAAUUUGUGUCAUGGUUUUAAUUCAGGAUGCAUCUUCCAAAUUUUACCUGAUUGAAACUGAUAAAACCCUUGUGAAAAACUCAGAAACAGGAACAGUAGCACCUCUAUUUGGAGAUUACAGUGCAGCAGAUGAAGAUGCCCCAAGACAAUGUGGUCCAUCUAUGGGAGGACUAGGAUCCAGAAACUAUAAAUCUGCUGAAUGGCUGAGUGGUGUUCUACCUUGUACAUAUGCCGUGAUGAAGGUUGAUGGCAAUAAAUUUGUAAUUACCAGAGAAGAGCCUGGAACCCCUGUCAAAAUAAAUGGGUUUAAUGUCACCAAAAAGGACUACCAGAGGGCACUUGAUGGGGAAAUUGUAGAGUUGAUGAAUGUGGAUGGUAAUACAACCAGCUUAGUUGUUACAGAUGGAAAUGUGAUGAUAGAUGGAAAAUCUCUUAAUGUUGGUGACACAAUUUCUUUUGUGAUAUAAAUAUUCUAAUUAUGUAAUUUUUAAAAGAAAUUUUUGGAUUAAAUUCGAAUGAAAAAAGUG